ACCGGUUUCUGGAGGGGGUUGCGAAUGGCAGAACCGCCGACCAGUACAUGGCUGCGAAUCCUGCUUGGUCUCGAGGUGACAGCGUGUUGAAAGCGCUGGGAUUCCAUGUGUGAUUGUACUGUUGUCCAGAGGAUAAUAAAGCAUAACAGGACAUGGUCUUUCAGUGGCCUGUUCAAAAACAUCCCACCUCACGUGGAGAUCGCCGUGUUGGCGUCAGAUCCGGAGCUCGGUGGUGCUUGCCAUUUGGAGCACGUCCCUUGGGACGUGGCAAGAUUAAUUGCCAAAGUUUUUAUCGGAAUUGGUCACUGGAUCCAAUACGAGCGUCCGGAUGCUAUCAGGGAUGAAAUUCCACUACCCAGAGCAAAAAUCUGAACCAAGCAACUAUGUUGCUCAAUUCACAUCACACAAAGGACAAUGCCAUUCACCUAGUCGCGCCCACAAGUUCAACGAUAUGCCUUGAUAUGCUACUCUCACAUUAGUAGGAAGACACGUCAUCAUCGUUGGUUUGUUCCACUGCUUUGCUAAUGUGUUUUCCCCUCCACCGUGCCCUUUCUGGGCCUUUUAAGUGCAGAGUAAAUGCAGCGUUGAAACUCUUCGAUCUUCUCCGCUGCC